AUGUUCCAGCAUCUUUCGACAUGGUUUGAUUUUGGAGCGAUUUCAAAUGAUCUGCAGACUCCAGUUUAUUGGGCGUCACUAAACAAUCGGAUUUAUACGUGGUAUAGAGGUCACAAACCUAUUGCAAAAACCCGUUUUACUGAUUUUGAAGGAGAUGUAGAGGCAGCAAGGGCUCAAGCGCCUGAUGGUAUGGAUCUACAGUGUUGGAGUGAUACUAUUGACCACUUCUUAAUAGAUAAGCAUAAGAAACGAUCCACUAAUAAUAAAGAAUGCCGGAAGAUGCAAGUAGUUAAGAAUCGUGGAGGGACAUGCAAUUAUGGUAGUGGUUGUUUUAAGAACAAUUUGAAUAUACUUGAAGCAUUUCACCGUGGCCAUGUGAAUAUACAAGGGAAAUUUGUUGAUCUGUUAGUUGAAGACCAAUAUGAUGUGGAUAUCAAUGCUUUUCUUCAAAACCUAAAGUUUGUGAAUGCAAUUGGAGAUAUUCUCCGCUCGUUUAAGAACCAAAUCAACAAGGAGCAAAACAAUGAUGUGGAAGAUGAAGACACCUAA